GACGUUUAUGUCGUUGCAUCGUCGAGUCCAUACUCCUGCAUUGAGAAAGCGGCAAUCAUAAAUCCGUGUAAACUAACAGCCGGAGUUUACAGCAGGGGUACUCCACUGGUUUGUUACUCCUGUAACGGUAAAAGCGUGACAGAUACAGUAGAAGCAAACAGGCAGGAGGAAGGGAAAUCGUGCGCUGCUCGGUUUCUUGGAUGGAUGAUUGGUGGUAUUCGUUAGUAUUCGUCUAACUGUUGCAUCGAAAGCUUAGUGACUUCACGUUUUAUAUUCCUGUCUGCGAUUUUUCGAAAGAAAAGUACAACUCGCGGUCGCAUGCGACCAGCGAAACUGACACACGACGUCCUAAAACGUAUCACGAAACAGGUUGUUUGACGAGAAGCUAUAAAAAUGAAUUGGCAGUGGUUUCAUUUUUUUUUUCUAUCCUGCAUAGUUACAAACAUAUUUGCAGAACCGUAUUAUAGUAUAAUUGCUCCAAAGGUGGUUAGACCUAAUUCAGAAUAUCACGUAGCAGUUAGUACUACUGGUAUAUCAACAACAUCAACGAUAUACAUAGAAUUGAAUGGAUUUCUUGAUAAUGGAGAUACAUUCAAUGUUUCACAAAUUACACGCGUACAGCCGUAUUUUACAAGAACGAUACAGCUGGAGAUUGGCGACAUCGUACCUGGCAAGUACGAAUUAAUCGCGCGUGGCCUAGCAGGAAUCGAAUUUUCAGAUUCAAAGCCAGUUGAAUACAUUCAUAAAAGUUACUCUGUUUUCAUUCAAACUGACAGAGCAAUUUAUAAACCUGGCAACAAGGUCAUGUUUAGAUGCAUUUUGUUGAAUUCUAGACUUAGACCUACACUCGCAAGAUUAAUAGAUAUUUACAUUAUGGAUGGAAAAGGAAAUAGAAUUAAACAGUGGAUCCGCCCACCUGUAACACAUGGUAUCUUUAAUGGAGAAAUUGAAUUAUCCGAAUCACCAGUUUUAGGCACUUGGAAAAUCACUGCCAAUAUCGGUGAUCAAAUUUUUGAAAAAGACUUUGAAGUUGCCGAAUACGUCCUUCCCAAUUUUGAAGUAACUAUUGAUGCCCCUAAACACUUCACAUUCAAAGACUCGAAAAUUGUUGCAACAGUUUAUGCCAAGUAUACUUAUGGCAAGCCAGUGAAAGGUGAGGUAACAAUUACAGCUUAUCCUGAUAUUUUCUCUGGUGUUAUUCAACCAAUUUAUCAACAACCUGUGCGGAAAGUAAUUCCUAUCGACGGGAAAGUGACGGUCGAUUUUGACAUUCAAUCUGAACUUAAAUUAACAGAUGACUAUGAAAGGCCAGUUAUGAUUGAUGUUGUAGUGGAGGAAUCUUUAACUGGUAGAAGACAAAAUACUUCUAUGCAAAUAACAUUACACAAGUACAAAUAUACGAUGGACUUGAUAAAAACAUCAGAAUAUUAUAAACCUAAUUUGAAGUAUACAGCGUUCAUAAAAUUAACAUACCACGAUGGAACACCGGUUCGGGAUAAAACAAAUCCUGUUACGAUAAUGUAUGGGUAUACUUAUAAUCAAUCUGCAUACACCAAUAUUACCGGUAUGCUGGAUGAAAAUGGAAUGGUAAAAUUAGAUUUCUAUCCACCGAAAAGCACAGAUAAUAUUUCACUUCCCUUAAAUAUUGAGGCACAAUAUCUGAAUCUUCACGAGUGGUUUCCCUCUACAAACCAAGCCAUGUCUCUGAAUAAUGAAUAUAUACAAGUUAUUUUAAAAACUGAAAACCCCAUGGUCAAUCAAGACGUCGAAAUGGAAGUAAAUUCCACUGUACCGCUGAAAUAUAUUAGUUACGAAAUAUUUGGGCGUGGUGAUAUAUUAGAUGCUGGUUCAAUAUAUGUACAAAAUAAAUAUACGACAACAUUUAAGUUUUUGGCAACAUAUGUUAUGGCUCCUACUGUGCAUGUUAUUGUAUAUUAUGUAGGAAAUGAUGGAGAAAUUAUUGCAGAUGCUCUGGAUGUUGAACUCGAGGGAAUACUUCAGAAUUUUGUCGACAUUGAAGUAGCACCUGAAGAAGUUGAGCCAGGAGAAAAAGUAAAUUUAAUUAUUACUACAAAACCGAAUUCAUAUGUUGGACUACUAGGUGUGGAUCAAAGAUCUAUUUUGCUUAAGUCUGGUAACGAUAUUUCGUUCGAACAAGUAUACAAAGAGUUAAAAUCAUAUGAUAUAGUACAGAAAUCACCGUACAUAGACUCAAUUUUUGAUCGAUAUCUAUGGAGCCCUGGAUCGGCUACAGCAAAGGAAGCGUUUAGCGAGAGCGGUGCUAUUAUAAUAACAAAUGGAUAUGUUCAUGAAAAUGUUGCAAUUCGACAACCGGGAAUACUGGAUGGUAGAAUAACAGGCUCGCCUCAUGGGGCAUCCACACUUCGACCAGACCUUGGUCCACCUGUUACGCACAAACUAGCAACAAGACCACCACUGGCAGGUCCUUAUGCCUUCUCUCGCAUCCCACCUCCUGUCUGGAAUAAGCCCCGUGUUUUCCUAAUGCAUGACAUUUUAAACACCUGGCUUUUUACAAACUUCUCUUCAGGGUAUGACGGAAAGAACGAACUGAAAAGAAAUGUACCUGAUUCAAUCACAUCGUGGGUGCUAACUGCAUUUUCUGUAAAUGACGUUCAUGGACUGGGUCUUAUAGAAGAGCCGCGAAAGUUAAAGGUUUUUAGGCCAUUUUUUAUUGCUAUGGAUCUCCCUUAUUCUGUAAUUCGAGGAGAGAUUGUUGCGAUCCAAAUCAUAGUAUUUAAUUACAUGAGCAAAAGCGUAACGGCUGAAGUUUUGCUAACACACGAGGGCCAAUUCGAUUUUGCAGAAAUUUCCAACGAAGUUCACGAUGUACCAAAAUUGGAGUUGUACCGUAAAAAGAAAGUAGACGUGAAAGCUAAUUCUAGUGCUAGUGUAUCUUUCAUGAUAAUUCCAAGAGAUUUGGGAUACAUUACAAUCAAAGCAACCGCAAAUAGUGUAUUAGCUGGCGAUAGUGUUGAACAUAAACUGUUUGUUAAAGCUGAAGGGGAAACACAGUAUGUAAACAAAGCAUCUUUCUUGGAUCUUAGAAGUGCCGCCACCGUAUCGACCAAUUUUACUAUUGAUAUACCUAAAAAUGUUGUGCCAGGUUCUGAACACGUUGAAAUCUCUGCAGUAGGCGAUAUUUUGGGCCCAAGUAUUUUAAAUUUGGCAAAUUUAAUUAAGAUACCGUUUGGUUGCGGAGAACAGAAUAUGUUGAAUUUUGUUCCAAAUAUAAUGGUAUUAAAUUAUCUGAAAAAUACAAACCAAUUAACGCAAGCAGUGCAAGGUAAAGCUUUAAAGUAUAUGGAAAUAGGCUAUCAACGGGAGUUGACUUACAGGCACGAUGAUGGGUCGUUUAGUGCAUUUGGCAUGUCAGAUAGUAAUGGAAGCACAUGGCUUACUGCAUUUGUAGCAAAGGCUUUUAAUCAGGCUGUAGAAUACAUUCCGAUUGAAAAUAGAAUAAUAGAUGAAGCUUUUCAGUGGUUAGCGAAUAAUCAGGCUCCAAAUGGAAGCUUCCCGGAAGUAGGGAAGGUCAGUCAUCGCGACAUGCAAGGUGGAGCUGCAAAAGGUCUUGCAUUGACAGCGUUUACUCUUAUUGCUUUUCUAGAAAAUACAAAUGCUAACGGAAAAUACAGAAAUACAAUAAAUAAAGGAAUUGAUUACAUUAUCCGUAACAUGAAUGACCUAGAUGAUACGUAUGCUUUGAGUAUCUGCACAUAUGCCUUAAAUUUGGCGAAACAUCCAUACGAGAAUACCGCAUUUAAUUUAUUAGAAUCUAAGGCCAUGACGAAAGAAGAUCUUAAAUGGUGGAGUAAACCUAUUCCAAAAGAUGAUAAAAAUCCAUGGUACUCCUUACCACGACCCGUUGACGUCGAAAUGACAUCCUACACUUUGUUGACUUAUUUAAGACGUAAUGCCGUCACUGAUUCUAUACCUAUAAUGAAAUGGCUUGUGAAACAAAGAAAUGCCGAAGGCGGUUUUGCAUCCACGCAGGAUACAGUAAUUGGAAUACAAGCCUUAGCAAAAUUAGGUGAAAAACUAGCAUCGAAGAAUAAUUCUAUAUCGAUAACGUUUAUGUACGAGGGUGGUGGACAGAGUCAUAUGAAUAUAAAUCCUGAUAAUUCUAUGAUACUUCAGAAACAAGUCCUACCUAGAAAAGUACGGUUGGUUAAUAUAACAGCCGUUGGGAAUGGAUUCGCUUUGGUUCAAAUUUCAUUUCAAUAUAAUUUGAACGUGACUGGAGCAUGGCCGCUCUUUACAUUGGACCCUCAAGUUGACAAAAACUCCAAUGCCAAUCACUUACAACUUUCUAUUUGUUCUGGAUUUGUCCCAACUAAAGAAGCAAAUGAAAGUAAUAUGGUUGUGAUGGAAGUUAGUUUGCCGUCUGGUUUCACGGUGGAUAGAGAUUCGCUACCUAGUCUCGAGGUAUCGCAAAACGUGAAACGUGUAGAAACCAAAAAUGGAGAUACAGUAGUAAUAUUAUAUUUCGACAAGAUGGAUAGACAAGAAUAUUGCCCUACAGUAUCUGCAUUCAGAACGCACAAAGUAGCAAAACAGAAACCAGUACCAGUUUCCAUAUAUGACUAUUACGAUUCGUCAAGAAGAGCAAGAGUAUUUUAUGAACCGCAGAAAGCAACACUUUGCGAUAUAUGCGAAAACGAGGACUGUGAAGAUUUAUGCGUUUCACAAUUUGGUAAACGAAAGCAUUCUCUGCAAUCAUCGGCUUCAUACUUACCUACUUGCGUGUAUCUACAGUUAUUACUUUCACUCUUUUGCAUUCAAUACUUUAAAUACUUGUAAUUAUAGCUUUCCAAAAAUGAUGUAUAGCUUCAUUAAAAAGUACAAUAGAAUUUCGUGUACACAGAAACUUGCAACCAAAGUACAGCAUAUGCAAGAAUAAUUAUUUAACAUUUAAGUAAACUAAUAUUAAACCUUUCAAUUCGAUGAUUGAAAAUUCUUAAUUCCGCAUUAAAUAACAUUUAAAUACAUUAGAAA